UUGAUGACAAUGGUCAUACUGUUUUUUAUUUGUACAAUGUUAAUGGCGUUUUCUUAUGGUGAUCUAAAUUUAAAACCAUUGCUUCGUCCUAAUCUUCCUUCAGGUGAGUAUAAACUAAUCUUUAGAGCUGUAUAUAGAUGCAACCCAACAAGUACCAAUGAGACAAUUAAUGCUAAUAUACAUUUAAGUAAAAUGUCAUCACGUACAACAGCAUAUGUGGGCAAUAUAACAUUGUUAGAACCAAUCACUGAUGAUCUAGACUUUAACGUGAAUAUGGCAAUAAUGGAUAAAAUUGGCGGAUGGAAAGAUAAUGCUUAUGUAUAUUCUACAAAGAAAGGAUGCAAGACUGCUUUACAUCUUUUAGGAGAUACUGCUAACGUUUUUUUUAAUACUGAUAAAAUGAAAUGCCCUAUUGAGAAGGGCGUUUACAAAAUCCAAUAUGAUACAAAAAAUUUUGAAAAAUCCAAUUUGCCAAAAAUUUUUUUUUAUGGAAAGUACAAGUUUAAGUGGUACUUCACUAACGAUCGGAAACAAAUAAAAGGUUGUAAUGUCGCUGUCAUGGAUUUAGUAAGACCUUGGGAAAUAGAUGGUACCUAA